ACGAAGAAUUGAGGCAGUUCUGAAGGCAAAAGGGGGUCCAACCCGUUACUAGCAUGGUGUACCUAAUAAAGUGGCCGGUGUAUAUGUGUCUGUGUGUGUAGGUAUAUAUGUGUGUGUGUGUGUAGGUAUAUAUGUGUGUGUGUGUGUAGGUAUAUAUAUGUGUGUGUGUGUAGGUAUAUAUAUGUGUGUGUGUGUAGGUAUAUAUAUGUGUGUGUAUGUAGGUAUAUAUAUGUGUGUGUGUGUAUGUAUAUAUAUGUGUGUGUGUAUGUAUAUAUACUGUAUGUGUGUGUAUGUAUAUAUUUGUGUGUGUGUAUGUACAUAUGUGUAUAAGUACAUAUGUAUAUAUGUAUAUAUAUGAAUGUGUAUAUACAGUGCAUCCGGAAAGUAUUCAUACCACUUCACUUUUUCCACAUUUUUUUGUGUUCCACCCUUAUUCCAAAAUGGAUUAAAUUCCCUUUCUCCAUUCAAAAAUUCUACACAAAAUACCCCAUAAUGACAAAGUGAAAAACUUUUUUAGAACAUUUUCCAAUUCUAUUAAAAAUAAGAACACUUAAAUGUUGCAUAUUCAUAAGUAUUCACACCCUUUAUUAAAUACUUGUUCGAAGCACCAUCGGCAAUGAUAACAGCCUCCAGUCUUCUUGUAUAUGAUGCAACAAUCUUGGCACACCUGGAUUUGGGGAAUUUUUCCCAUUCUUCCUUGCACAUCCUCUCAAGCUCAGUGAGGUUGGAUGGGCAGCAUUGGUGCAUAGCUACUUUCAGGUCUUUCCAAAGAUGUUCAAUCGGGUUCAAGUCUGGGCUCUGGCUGGGCCACUCAAGGAUAUUCAGAGACUUGUCCUGAAGCCACUCCUUUGUCUUCUUGGCCGUGUGCUUAGGGUCAUUGUCAUGCUGGAAGAUGAAGUGUCGCCCCAGUCGAAGGUCUCGGGUGCUCUGGAGCAGGUUUUCAUCAAGGAUUUUGAUGUACUUAGCUGCAUUCAAGGCAGCGGGUGAUAAUUCAAAGGCAAAGCCCAUAUGUAUGGGAGCGGACACGGAUAAGGGAUUUCUGGGAGAGGAUUGUUCAGCUUUUCAAAGCCCAUCUCCCUCAUUUCUCCUUCUAGCUCCUAGUACAACUCUGCAUUUGGCUGUUGUUUGCUAUCAAGGAUGGCGGUUAUAUUUUUCUCUUUUAUUAUUUGUAGAAAUAACUCUGUCUCCUCCUCCGUCCACACAUACCGUGCCAUCUUUGCUUGAAAUGAACUGGUCACAUGACCCGCUAUGUCACGUCCGGUGACGUAGAAUUGCGAGAAUAGUGUUUCCAUUUUGCGAUAUACUUCUGUAUCGACACAUCUGAAAAACCACCUCAUGAGAGCAUAAAAACUUUUUAGCAAUAUUUGAGAGGUUUUUCAAAACUAAGGUGUUUCCAUUAUCAGUUUUCUAUUGCGAUAUUUAGGUGUUGCGCAAAUCUAUGGGUAAUGGAAACCCAACUACAGACAGGUGUGGCUUUCCAAAUCAUGUGCAAUCAGCUGAAUUUGCCACAGGUGGACUGCAAUCAAGUUGGAGGAACAUUUCAAGGCUGAUCAAAGGAAACAGGAUGCACCUGAGCUCAAUUUUGAGUUUUAUAGCAAAGGGUGUGAAUACUUAUGUAUAUGCAACAUUUGAGUAUCUUAUUUUUAAAGAAUGAGCAAAAUGUUCUAAAAAAAGUUUUAUUUAUAUAUAUAUAUAUGUAUAUAUAUACAGUACAGGCCAAAAGUUUGGACACACCUUCUCAUUCAAUGUCUUUUCUUUAUUUUGUUAUAUGACUAUUUACAUUGUAGAUGAUCACUGAAGGCAUUAAAACUAUGAAUGAACACAUGUAGAAUUUUGUACUUGUGUGUGCAAAAAAAGUGUGAAAUAACCGAAAACAUGUUUUAUAUUCUAGUUUCUUUAAAAUAGCCACCCUUUGCUCUUGAUGACAGAAGUACCUUGUCAGGGUUACUUCAGGCACUCCUGUGAAGUAAAAACCAUUUCAGGUGACUACCUCAUGAAACCUCAUUGAGAGAACAGCUAAAGUUUGCAGCGCUAUCAAAAAAGCAAAGGGUGGCUACUUUGAUUAAUCUAAAAUAUAAAACAUGUUUUCAGUUAUUUCACACUUUUUUCUUAAGCACAUGAUUCCACAUGUGUUCAUUCAUAGUUUUGAGAAUCUACAAUUUAAAUAGUAAUGAAAACAAAGAAAAUGCAUUGAAUGAGAAGGUGUGUCCAAACUUUUGGCCUGUACUGUAUACAUAUAUGUGUGUGUGUGUGUGUGUACACUACAGGCCAAAAGUUUGGAAGCAAGGCCAUUACAGGCCGAACAGUUGGGAGUAACUUAAAGUUUUUGUUCACAAUGCUUUUUUUAAAAAUCCAGCAUGGGUUUUAUUUAUUUUGGGAUGUAUUUACUUCAUGAUCAGAUGUUGCUUUUAUGAAAAUGCACCAGUUUACUGUGUUUACCUUUAGAUAUACAUUGCUGUUAACAGACCAUUGCUAAAUGUAUGUCAGCAAAAGAUAAUAAGGGCUUAGUUUUAGGUUUGAAAACAUUUGCAAGAGUCACAACUUAAGUGCAAAAGCAAAAAUAAAAAACAGAUUGGAUUAUUUACUUCAACUUUUUGGAUUUUGAGAGUCUGCAUACAAAAAUCCUAAUAAAUCUCAGCUGCAUUCAAACUACCGCAAAAAUGGCUAGAAAGAAGCAACUGAGUAAAGAAACAAAAGUACAGAUUUGUACAUUGAGGAAAGAAGGAUACACAGAAAGAGAAAUUGCAAAACGCCUAAUGGUGUCUAACAAAGGACUCCACUACAUUCUGAAGAGACUAGAGGAAACUGGAAGUUAUGAUGACCUGGACGAAAGAGAGUUACUGCAAAAGCAGAGGAUAAACAUAUUAUUGUCACCAGAAAGAGAGAGAAAGGCUGGUCUGAAGGGUUGUGUAUCUGCAAAAAAACACUACUUCAUCCACAGAACAAGAAAAAGAGAUAUGAGUGGGCAAAAGCUCACAAAAAUUGGACUUAUGAUGACUAGAAACAAGUUUGCACUGUUUGGAUCAAAACGCAGAGUCUAUGUCCGCAGACAAACUGGUGAACAUCUCGAAGCACCAUGUGUUACACCCACAAUUCAGCAUGGAGGUGGUAGUUCCAUGGUAUGGAGAUGUUUUGCAGGUGAUGAAGUAGGAGAUUUGUUUGAAGUAAAGGGUAUCAUGAAGAAGGAACAGUACCACUCCAUCCUCCAUCACCAUGCUGUUCCAUCUGGACUCAGACUUGUGAGUCAUAAGUUUAUUUUGCAGCAAGACAAUGACCCGAAGCACUCUGCCAAGCUCUGUCAGGGUUACCGAGACAAAAAAGAAGAGGAAGGUGUUCUUCAAAAGAUGGUUUGGCCCCCCUCAGUCUCCAGACCUUUCUCCAAUUGAGCUUGUGCGGGAUGAAUUGGAUCAAUCGGUCAGAAAAAUGCGUCCCACAAAUCAGCAGUCUCUUUUUAUUGAACUUAAUAAAGCUUGGAAUGCAAUGCCUGGAACAUACCUUAAAAAACUUGUGGAACGAAUGCCUGGUAUAUGCCAUGCUGUUGUUAAAGCCAUAGGAGGUUAGUUUAAAGAAAGCAAAGUCUAAGCAACAAUAACUCAAAUACCUAGUAAUUAUAGUCAAAAUGUCUUCUGAUAAGUUACUCUUUACACAAUAGUCAUGUUUAUUGUGUUGCAAAUUGUAUAUAUGAAACUAUCUUUUUUUGUGCAAAUCUGAUCUUGCUUCCAAACUUUGGCCUGUAGUGUAUAUGUGUAUAGAUAUAUGUAUAUAUUUACAUGUAUAUGGAAAACCUGAAAAAGUGAUUCUGUGGUUUAUGGCGGACUCUCUGGUCCCUGACUGUGGUCCCUGCAGGUCUGAGGUUCAGGUGUGUAUUUGUGUCUCAGGUGUGUAACAGUAAUAAGAACUGCCACUGUGAGGUGGGCUGGGCUCCUCCUGACUGCAGGUUCUCAGGUCACGGCGGCAGCGUGGACAGCGGCCCAGCUCGCACGCCUGGAGGUGAUAUACACACACACACACACACACUGUGGAGAGGUGAAGCUGGCCCUGUUUGACCUCUGACCUCUGUAUUUAGAUUCUGACCCGGUCCGAGUGGCUCUGCUCAUCAUCUUCCUCUUCGUCCUCCCCGUCGUCCUCCUCUUUCUCGCUCUGAGGUUCCCUCGCUUCAGACGGGCGCUCCUCUGCGCCAACAGCCCGUUUCACAAAGCCCGCCAGCACAGCCGGUAACAGUCAGUGUGUGUGUGUGUGUGUGUGUGUGUGUCUUCAGCUUCAUUUCACUUUAAUAAGAUUUCAUUAAAGCUCCUGUGAGUGAUUUUUAGCAGGAAGUCUGACAAUCUUUAAAGGAUUAAUAUGAAAGGGUUCGAGGACAGCAUAGACACAUAUACUGUCAGAAAGUUCACUUUGUCCACAGUAGGCAUGUGCUGAUAUGAAAAAUUUGAUAUCACGAUGUUGGUGGCCCAAAAUACCAUGAUUCACAAUAUUAUCAUGAUAUUAUCACGAUGUUAGCACAUUGCUUUUAAUAUUAAUAAAAAUGGCAAAAAAAAACUGCAAAAUCACUUCUCUGUUAAACAAUAUUUAUUCUUUGACAGGGCUUAAGUAAACAACAAUGGCAACGCCACAGUGAUUGAAAAUGAAUAAAUACAAUAUAAAUAAUGCAAGACACAACAAAAGAAAAAUAAUACUGCCUUGUCUGUCUGGCUGUAGCCAUUACUGAAUGAAAAUAAAGUGCCUAAAGUAGCAAUAGUGCCAACUUCCAAUUAUACUAGAUUAUAUACCGGCUGUACUUCUUAUAAAAACAAACAAAACAAAAAUGACAUUGGCUGAGAGCCUUGUGUGGCCUAGGGAGUGAGAUGUGGAACCAUAGCCCUUUUCAAGUUAGAUUGAAGUGCAAAAAAGUCAGCAUGUCCACUUUUUCUGGCUUUAUUUUUUUCGCAGAGGUGUGACAAUGUGUCCACUGGCACUAAAUACACAUUCCGAAGGCACACUAGUUGCAGGUAUGCAAAGAAACUGGCGUACAACAUUGGAGAGAUGGGGCAUUUCGCCUGAAUGUUCUUUCCACCACUGCAAUGGAUCCCACUCCAACCGUGGCCGUUUCACUGAUGGAUCCCCCUCCUCAUCCUCAAGUUCCUCAAUGGCAGGAAGAAUUGGAAGACACAUGUAGACUUUCACCUCUGUCCUCACCUGCCAUGACAACACAAAAAAAAAAAAAAAAGUACUUUUGUUCAUCAUAUAUUCAGUUCAAUUUCAUUUCAUCUGUUCCUCUGGACUGGUGGCACUGGUGGCUUCUUCGGCUCGCUGCUGCUGCCUUGUUACAGUGAUUGUCUUAAGCAAACCAGCCAGGCUGCCAGGCUUAUGUGUUUUAAGGGGCUCUCUGAGUGUGCUCAUUGUGCUGGAGGAUGAGCAUACAGCUGCGGCGCUGGCAGUGGGCUGUGGCAGUCUGACUUCAACUGAUGUUUUCAUUUUUAGGGCCUCCUGUACACAGAUGUUGAUUGUGUUGUGAAGGUUUUCAGAGAACUCUCCUUUGAAGCGCGGGUCUAGGAAACAUGCUAUUUCCAUCACUCCCUCUGCUUCCUCUGAAUACCUUGGGCUCUAUUUUGGUGCCUCGCCGGAGACGUGCCGCAAGCGCAGCGUCAGUCAGAUCCGCCGCGCUGACAAGGUGUUCCCAAGCACAUUUUGGUAUUUUGGUGAGCCGCGCAGCCCGGCGUAAGUAUCCCCCCUCCCUAACUCAGCUCCUCCCAGCACCAUAAGUCGUAGACGGGGAGGAGAAAGGGUGUGUUAACACAGCCGAGACCUGUUUUCACCAAUCACAUAAGCUCCUCUCCUUGCCUUUAAAUCCGCCACAGGCGAGGCGUAUUACUAUUUUCAUGAAGUAGUCAAAGAGAUCAAGAGAUGUCUUAAGACAGUAAUGCCACAAGAUGGCGACAGAGGGCAGCUCCUCAACAAGUGUCCUCCACACUCUCUCAUAUGAGCACAGAUGGAUUUGGUGUGCGUAAUGUUGGACCCACUGGUAAGACAAACACCCUUUUCCACAAAUAAAGACACUAACAUAAAGUUGCUCAUAUUCAAACCUCACGUGACAAAGGUGGGUUGAGCGCACAGAUCACAACAUAAACUCCAAAAAUGGCAUUAAAAUCGGAACCGUCUGUGCGUAAAUGACGCAUCGCGCUCCGUGGCCUGGCUCUGUCUUUCAUAGAUGUUGGCAUAUAAAAUAAAUUUGGCUCACAAAACUGAAUAUUAUAAUAUCCGUAUGUCGGCUUAAAGUAGAUAACGCAUCUGAGCACUGAAACAAAUCAUCUGUUCAGCUGCAGCAGCAGCAAGACGGACAGAGGACACGGAGACAUGUCCAGGUCGAGCUGUGCAAGAAAUAAGAGGAAGAGGAAGAAAGAAAAGGAGGGAGACGAAUUACAUAUCUUGUUAACUUCAUCAUGUGUGUUAUUUACUAGAUAUUUAAUUUAAUUUGAUGCGGUUUCAGCUGUGUUGAUUCGGUCAGGUUGUGUGUCCAAACGCGCUCAUCAGAUCAGAUAUAGAUCAGAAUAUAUCGAUAUAGAUCUAAAUGUAUGUGCUGACUCAGAUUAAUAGUUGUUGAUGAUUAUUUAUUGCACUGAAAUCUGCCUGACACUGUGGAAACCUGCCGGUGAGGCAUCGGUGACAUAUGUCGAUACGCCGCCGGUCUACCAAAAUACUACUAGACCAGCUGCGUUCCGCCUUGCGCUGAAAGCUGACCAGGUUUGAAUCGGCGAGCUUUCAGCGCACUUUACACGCCGGUGGCGAGCACGAAAAUGUCACUGCGCCUGCUGAUUCUGUCGACACCUCCCCCUGCCACGCCACCACACCCAGCUUGGCGGAUCUCGGCUCGCCUCCGUGCGGCUCAGUCCACGAAAAUACCAAACUGGCCUUACGCCGGGCUCCGCCAGACGAAAAUACAACUGCGCCGGGCUCGCCGCCCUCCGCCGCCUCACCGGCGCGAACGAAAAUAGAGCCCCUUGAGUCAAGAUCACUCCUCAUCAAACGCUUCAUCUCUCUCACCAGUGGUCGGUCUCCUUCACAUGGCUCCAGGAUCUGGCAUCUGAUGUGCUCCAAGCAUGGCUUGAUAGCUGAGAGUGUAACCCUCGCCUCUGAGGAGAGCGCAUCCGUAAACUGGUGAAGUGGGCCAAGGAGGGCACACACUUGCUCCAUCACGGUGAUAUGAGAGUCUUUUGGCAUCAGGUGCCAUGCCCCUCUUUCUCCAGCCAGUGCUGUGCUGACUGCUUGUUGUUGGCUGAGGAACCGUCCUCAUACGUUGGUCCCCACUGAGUAACGACAUUAGGCCUGGGCGAUUUGGCAAAAAAAAUGAUCCUGAUAUAUUUUGUCAUAUCGUCCGAUCUCGAUUAUUAUCACAAUUUUUUUUUAAACUGACAGUUUUAAAGCAUCUGUACUAAAAACUAAAAAAACUAGAGAUUAGUUCAACAUUUUAUUAACAUACAAAGUAAAUAACAAAGCAAAUUGAAUAAGAUACACUUAGAAAAAUAUAAAAAAACAUUUUAACUCAACAGUACAACAAAUGUAGAUAAAUACUAAGUAAUACAGAGAAUUAGUUUACAGUCCUGAGUGUUUUUGCAGGUAUGCAAGACCCAAAAUAAGUAAAUCGUCCCCUCAAGGACAAUGAAGACACUUUAAAAUGUAAACAUUAGGUGAUGUAAACGUAGAUGAUAUGCAUACCUGUCAACAUUUGGGUUAUAAAAUCCAGGAGUUGUUUGCGGGGCACGCUGGGCAGUUUUAGAGUGACCUCGUAUGGUGGAUAUGAGCUCAUUAUGAGAGUAUUUGUAAUUAGAUUGCUCAUCCAAAUAAGUAUAAGUGAGGCUGGACACUUUUUUAUUUUAACAAUAACAAAUGGUAAUAAAAAAAUAAUAGCUAUGAUAUGCCUUGAACUAAUUUAGUCCACUAAUAUUAGUGUUAAAGUCCUCAUAUGUUUUACAUGCUCUCCCAUAUGAGGCUCUCUGAACAUCUGUACAUGAAAUACAGCACUCUUUUAUCUGAGGCUGCCCUGAAUGCAUCACUCUCGCAUAUCUUGCGUUUGUUUUCCUUUCAUCGAAAUGUUCAUUUUGCAACAAACAUUGCUUAAAUAUAGUUUACAGCUGAAACCGACCUAAAUCAUCCCAAACUGUAAAGUAAAAGUAUCAAUCCAGUGUCUGUGAGGCUCAGCAGAAACAGGACAAUCUUCGGUUGUCUGGAAACCUGGAAACCUAAGACAAAUAUAGUGACCCGAUUCAUGAAUGAAUGCGGACCAUGCUACAAGAAAUUCCCGGGAGAAAUGCCAAUACGGGGGGUGGGUGGGAGAUCGGUCUGCUUUGGUCUGGUGGCUGCACCGCUAGUUGUAGCUAAACUGCUAAUGCUACUUGUACCGUCAGCAGUGACAGGCUGUGCAGACUCCGCUCGCAUUUUCAUUCUUCCUGCAUACUCACUCGGGAACAACUUCUUCAAAUGAUUAAACAGAUUUGUUGUGGCCCUCACUUCACACAUCAUGAAAACCCUGGAGCGGCUGAUUCUAAGCCUUCUGAGGUCUGAGGUAAAAGACAAACUGGACUCCCUGCAGUUUGCAUACAAAGAACACAUUGGAGUGGAUGAUGCUGUCCUCUACAUGCUUCACCAUGCCCUGUCUCAUCUAAAAGAACUGGGGUUUAUGUGAGGAUCAUGUUCUUCAACCUUUUCAAGUGCAUUCAACACCAUCCAACCCACCAUACUCAAAGACAAGCUCACAGAAAUGAGUGGAUCCCUCCUGUGUUUUCCUGGAUCGUAGAUUACCUGACAGAAAGGCCACAGUUUGUCAGGCUGGGGAACUGUGUUUCUGGGACAUUAAUGUGCAGUACAGGGGCUCCACAAGGGACAGUGCUGGCGCCAUUCCUGUUCACACUGUACACGUCAGACUUCAAAUACAGUACUGAGUCCUGCUACAUCCAGAAAUACUCAGAUGACACCGCUACUGUGGCAUGUAUCAGAAAUGGACAAGAAGCUGAAUACAGAGAUCUUAUAAGAGCCUUCAGUGACUGGAGUCACAAAAACUGCCUCCUCCUCGACACCUCAAGGACAAAGGAGAUGGUCAUAGACUUCUGUAGAUCCAAACCCUCUCUUCAGCCAAUGAACACCUGUGGAGUGGACAUCGAAGUGGUGACAUCUUGUAAAUACCUAGGUGUACAUCUGGAUAAUGAGUUGGAUUGGUCUAAGAAUAUAGACUACAUCUACAGAAAGGGGCAGAGCCACCUCUUUUGCCUGAGAAGACUCCGAUCAAUAGACAUCUGUAGUAAGACGCUGCAGAUGUUUUAUCAGUCUGUGGUGGCAAGUGUGCUGUUCUACGCUGCAGUCUGCUGGGGAGGAAGCACAAACACAAAGAUGCAAGACGUCUUAACAAACUGGUGAAAAAGGCUGGCUCUGUGGUAGGACUCAAGCUGGACUCAGUGGAGGAUGUGGUGGAGAGAUCUACACUGAGGAAGGUGGAGACUAUUCUCAAGAACAUGGAUCACCCACUUCACAACACCUUGAUGGACCAAAGGGCAAAUGGUGGUGGACAGCUCCUCUCUCUUCGCUGCAGGACAGAAAGAUUUAGAAGAUAAUUUGUACCAACAGCCACCAGGCUUUAAAACUCUGUAAAUAAUAGAUAACUUUUAUAGACAUAUUACGUGAGACAACAAACAAUUGAAUUUCCCUUCGGGGAUCAAUAAAGUUCUUCUUAUUCUCAUUCUUAUUCUUAAUAAGCAGUAGAGUAGACUGAACUUGUUGCGGUCAUGUUGUUUUUACCUUGAUUUGGUCGAACAAUGCUGGAUGAUGUUCACAGAGGUGGGCACAUAGGUUUAAAGUGUUAGACAACGGCGCUGCAACUUCCUUAUGGCAUAACCAGCAGAUUCGUGUCAGGUUUACCUGCUCCAUCUGUUUUGUGAAGCCGUAAAACGUCCAUACUGUGGACAAAACCUUUUUAAUAGGAGGAUACAGCCAAGACAUUCCGACAUUUCGACAUUCUCACUCUCCGACUGUUCUUGGUCCGGCUGCAUCGUUACAAUGGUUGGAAGUUGGAACAUGUGCUUCAACUUUUUUUUCUUCUUCAAACUGCUUCCGGUUCAUGGAGUGGACAUGGUCCAACAGUGCUUUGGGUGGCCGCAAUGCACUGUAGGUGGCCACACAUUUUGUUGUAAAAUUUUCUCGUUUUUGUUAGGCUGGCAUUAAUGUACUUGAUUCAAGAGUUUGUUUUGGAUUUGGGACUACUUUUGUGGCUGUUUGCUUGUACAUUUUGCUACCAAGGCUUUGACACCGUGGGUAAGACUACAAGCGGGUUAGGUUGGUUAGUACUCGGCUUCGCUAGCCUCUGCUAAGUGACGCUGCCACUCGUCUUUAAAUCAUAAAUGUGGAACGAUUAUUACAGUACCCUACGAUUUCAUCAUCGCGGCCAUUUAAUAUCGCAAUAAAAUCGUAUAUCGGCACAUCCCUAGUCCACAGGGGGGCGCCAAAGUGAACACAGACUUAACAGUUUUCACAGGAGCUUUAAAGAGGAUUGUAUUUCUCAGUUUUCUAUGAUGAUUUUCAGAUUUAAAGUCUUUGUCGUUUUUGGUAAAUUUUGACUCUUUUUUUCAGCAGCUGUUAAAAACAAACAGAAUUAAAGAGGAAUUAAAUUUACAGAAUUAAAACAUUAAAUUUAACAGAAUUAAAGGAAAAUUAAAUUUAACAGAAUUAAAGAAUUAAAUUUAACAGAAUUAAAGAAGAAUUAAAUUUACCAAAAUUAAAGGUAAUAUAAAACAGAAACAGAAAAUAAACUUAAUUUCUUUGGGUUUUUAACAACUAACGGGUUUUAUAAAAAGUGUUUUCUGCUGAUGAAGGUGCUUUUUUAUUUUUUACCCACAAUGCAGUGUGACUCACUUUGAAGAGCUGGGUCAGGAGUUUGACCCCACCCACACCUCCAGGUACUGCUGGUUCUGGUCUGUGAUGUGUCCCUGUAAAAUUUACCUGAGCCCACCUGAGUUCACCUGAGCUCACCUGAGCCCACCUGAGUCCCCCUGAGCCCACCUGAGUUCCCCUGAGUUCACCUGAACUGACCUGAGCCCAUCUGAGUUUACCUGAGCUCACCUGAGCCCACCUGAGUUCACCUGAGUUCACCUUAGUUCACCUGAGCCUACAUGAGCUCACCUGAGCCCACCUGACCCCACCUGAGCUCACCGUAGUUCACCUGAGUUCACCUGAACUCACCCGAGCCCACCUGAGUUUACCUGAGCUCACCUGAGUUCCCCUGAGUUCACCUGAGCCCACUGGAACUUACCUGAGCCCAUCUGAGUUUACUUGAGCCCACCUGAGCUCACCUGAGUUCACCGUAGUUCACCUGAGCCCACCUGAGUUCACCUUAGUUCACCUGAGCCUACAUGAGCUCAUCUGAGCCCACCUAACCCCACCUGAGCUCAGCUGAGCCCACCUGAGUUCACCUGAACUCACCUGAAGCCACCUGAGUUCACCUGAACUCACCCAAGUCCACCUGAAGCCACCUGAGUUCACCUGAACUCACCCGAGUCCACCUGAGCCUACCUGAGUUCACUUGAGCCCACCUGAGCUCACCUGAGUUCACCGUAGUUCACCUGAGCCCACCUGAGUUCACCUUAGUUCACCUGAGCCUACAUGAGCUCAUCUGAGCCCACCUAACCCCACCUGAGCUCAGCUGAGCCCACCUGAGUUCACCUGAACUCACCUGAAGCCACCUGAGUUCACCUGAACUCACCCGAGUCCACCUGAGCCCACCUGAGUUCACCUGAGCCCAUCUGAGUUCACCUAAGCCCAUCUGAGUUUACCUAUAGAGCAGAUCCACCUGAGGACUUGAAGCUCCUGUGAUCCAGAUCCCUCUCAGGUUCAGGUCUCGGGUUUUGGAUUUAAAUCUGGACUUUAAUCUCUGAUUGGCCACAUCAAUCACCUCAGAUGUCAGAGGGGUUUUUGGGUAAUAGAGUCCUCAAAGUCAGACCAACAGUCAUGUUCUUGUCUCUGUGAUGGUUUUUAGAGCAGACCCAGAACUCCCGAUGUUAACCCUCUCACCUCCAGCAGCUGUUUGUGUGUCUUUAUUAUUAAAUAUCAUCAUUUCAGUUAAAGACAUAAACAGCAUCAUGAUUUCCAACUUAACUCAGACUCAUGACAUCAUCAUUUUUUUUUUCUUUCCUACUUCCUGUCUGGUCAGGACGCCAGCGAUGGAGCGAGUGGACGGCAGGAACGGAGAGCAGGUCCGACCUCUGAGAUAUCACCUGAAGCUGCAGACUGACAUCCCGCUGACCCUGCCUCGCGCUCAGGUAAACAUGGUAACCUCUCCUCCCCCUCACAGGAGGGAAUUUAUUCAGACCUGUCAACAGGAGGACAUGUUGGAACCCUGAGGAGAGACGCUCAGAGUUCCUGCAGUUCUGACAGUCAGUGAAUGCCCCUCAAACUCUGAACGUCAGGAGGAUCUAAUCUACUUUAUUUCUAUAUCACAUUUUAAAAAACAUUCAAGUUUACCAAAGUGCUGCACAAUAAAAUUAAAAGAACAGACAGAAAACAUCAAGACGAAAUAAGUAAUGGCAGGUAAAAAACAUUUAAAAUUAAAUAAAAUAAAUGAAAUAAAAACACAAAAGCAUAAAAGAAAUAAAAGAGAUCACACAACUCUCAUGCUGACCUAAAAGCCAAGGAAUAAAAAUGCGUUUUAAGACGUGAUUUAAAGGUAGACAGAGUGAAGGGAUGUUUUCAUCUCAAGGAUUUAGUAGCCACAGUCGAGAAAGUUCGGUCGCCACGGGUUUUUAAGGAGUUUUAGGGACGAGGAAUUGGAGCUGAUCAGCUGACCUCAGGGAACAUUUCAGAGGUCAGAGAUGUACUGUGAUGCUGAUCCAUUUAAAGAUUUAAAAACGAACUAUAAAGUUUUAAAAUGAAUUCUAAAAUGAACAGGAAGCCAAUGGAGGGAUUCCAGAAUUGUAGUGAUGUGGUCAUGUUUACAUUUACCUGUUAAAAGAUGAGCAGCAGCAUUUUGGGAGAACUGUAACUGUGUGAGAGAAACCUGUUUAACACCAACGUAAAGAGGGUUACAGUCGUCCAACCAAAGUGUGGAAAUAAAAACAGGAAUGACUCGUUAAAAAUCAUGAAAAUAUCAAAACGAUUUAAUCUUGGAGAAAAGCCUCAGAUGAUAAAAAACUGGAUUUAGAAUUUUUGAUUUAAAAUCACCGUCAACUUUUACACCAAACUGUGGAUUUAAAAUAAGAUACAAGAGAGGGGUCUCCUCUGGAGCCAAAGAUGAUAAAUUGGGUAUAUUAUUUAUUCGUUUUUUUUUAACAAAAUUUAAAAAACUCAGUCAUCCAGUCUCUAUAUCUUUAAAACCAGACCUUUUAGAAAAAAGGUUUAAAAAAAAGGUUUCCUUUUAAAAGCAGACCUUUUAGAGAGCUACCAACAUUUAUCUUUAUUUGAAAGUAGGUCUGAGUGUCGUCUGCAUACAGAUGGUUAGAUAUACCAAGAGGGAGGAGAUAGAGGGAGAACAGGAGGGGACCAAGAAUAGAGCCUUGGGGUUCUCUGCAGGGUAGGGGGGCACAAGAAGAGACACAGUCACCAACUUUCACUUUAAAACAAAUGAUUAAGACCUGAACCAGUUCAGAGCUGAGCCUGUUAAACCAACACAGAGUUGGAGGAGAGCGAUUAGAGAUCAUGUAAUGUCUCGGUGUCAGGCCAUGUCUCUUUAAAUUAUAUCUUAAAUUCUCACACUGUGUGCGGUUGUGUGUGUGUAUGUGUGUGUGUAUGUGAGGGUGGGUGUGUGUCUUUGUGUGCGUGUGGGUCCAUGGGUGUGUGUGUGGGUGGAAGGGUUGGGUUUUUGUCUUUAUUGUUGUUUUUAGCCUUUGUGAGGCACUUUGAAUUGCAUUUCCUUUUGUACGAAAAGUGCCAUAUAAAUAAAGUUGAAUUGAAUUGAAUUGAAUCCACUGAGUCAAAGUCAGCUGUUCAGUCUAAAAGUAUGAAAAGACCUGAGUCAUCAGAAUGAGUAAAAGAUCAUUAAAAACCCUUCACAGUGCUGACUUAGCGCUGUGAAAUGACUUUAAAAGUCCUUUCACACCGGGAGUGUUUUUUUCGUGUGAUUAUUUCGGAUGUCAGUAUAUUUUUUCGAACCUGUAUCCUGUCAAUACAAGCGUUCACAUCAGCGACGUUUUCCCGUUCUGUGAUAUUGCUGCAUAUAGUUUUUGGAUCACGGUCAAUUUCCCUAAAGUUUCGCACACUGUAUGUCCACUUCUGACUAAUCAGAUUGCUUGUUGUUGCAACAUCAGAUUCACUGGUAUAUCCAACAUGGCCGACCAGCUGAUUGUUUAUGUGUCGGAGAACAGAGUGCUUUUUGAUAAAAGACACAAACGUUACAAAGAUAACGACCUGAAGGACGUUCACCUUCGCAUAUGUUUUGUCAUGAAUUUAUCAAAUGUUCCGUUACUGUUUGUACCGCAACAGCAGCUGGAACAAACAAACAGGACUUUCCUCUCACUAAAUGGGUACAUUAUAAACAAGUGUUAUCUUACCUCAGACACACGGCUAGUCGCUGCUCCGGGUCAAUCGACUCCCUGAAAUGAGUUCUCUGCCUCUUUAAACUUUGAGCUAAUUGUUUCAGCAGAACUUCAAAUUGUCCAACGGACAGCCGAAAAUAGGUUCUGAAGCGACCAUGGUACAGUUUCAGCUCCUGAACCAAGCAGUGAAGCUCACCAAGUUCUCUUCUUUUUUGUAAUAUUGGAUGCACCCAUGUGCUACGUUUCUUUUUCUUUUGAGAAAUCAAAAGGAGUACCAAUUCGCCAUCACUUGAAGUUGAAGUAGACUCCAUUUUUGUCUUCUCACUUCCAUCCAGGAUGCUGUAGGAUGGUAAGGGAAGGUCCCGCCCUCCUUCGCCUCUGAUUGAGCGUGUGUGACGUUUCCAGUUUUUCUAGCCCAGGGGUCGGCAACCUUAAACACUCAAAGAGCCACUUGGACCAGUUUCCCACAGAAGAGAAAACACAGGGAGCCACAAAACCUCUUUGACAUCUAAAAUGAAGAUAACAUUGCAUAUAUCUUUUUUUUUUUUUUACCUUUAUACAAAGUAUAUAAAAAAACUGUAGCGAGUUGCAUUUAUGAAAUAAAUGAACUAUUUCGGCGAGUGUCUGUCUUCUUCUGUAGUUAAACCGCAAGAUAUCAAAAUCUACCCGGAUACAGCAAUGCUGCUUUUUGAUUGGCUGUUCAGUAGAUUUACUUUAUUUGAUUGGCUUGUGCGUGGCACGCAGCUUCUGAACUCUCAGAGGAACUCAGUUGAUUUCCCCCAGUUCCAUAGUUGAAGAAGUGCAACUUGGUGGACAUCACCGUGUUCAUUUAGAUGCGUGAGAAAUACAAUGUGUGGUGUGUGAGCGUGUGAACGAGUGGGAAUGCGUGUGUCAUACGCUGAAUGCGUGAGACUUGAGAGCCCUGUGCUCACGCAUCAUCGAUGUACUCCCGAGCCAUGCAAAACGGUCUUUGCAAAUGUUGCACUGAACGCCUUCCUUUUCAGUCUUGGUGAAGUUUUCCCACACCACUGAUGUUUUAGGUCGGGAUUUGGGUUGGGUUGUGUCCAUGUUUUUCUCAGCCGCUGCCUCGGCCAUGGCUGUUUCUUUUCUGUGCGUCCUGCUGAUGUUUACACGCCGGUGUCCAUGGACAUAUAUAAAGACCCGACGAAUCGAUUACAGAAUUUGUUGGCAACGGAUUUUUUCGUCACGACGAAUCUACUUAAUCGAUUCGUUGUUGCAGCCUUAAUAGUUUAUUUAAUGUUACAAGAGCAUUAUAAUCUUUGAAUUUAGAAUUACAAAAAAAAAUAAUAAUAAAAUAAAAUAAAAUGCAAUUAAGUAUUUAUUAUUUAUUUUCCAAAUCCAUUGGGAGCCGCAGCUUAGGGAAGAAAGAGCCGCAUGCGGCUCCAGAGCCGCGGGUUGCCGACCCCUGUUCUAGCCAAUCAGAGGCGAAGGACGGGGGACUUCCCCUGGGAAAAGUCUUCCCCGGGAUGCGUCUUUUCCCCCCCAGAAAGUCGUAAAAUUGCUUCGGGUUUGAUGUGUAUAGUCAGGCGCAUCAAAAUUCGCCUCAGAAUAUUUCGUAAUUUCAUGUUCUAUAUUUGCGUUGGCCCCGGUGUGUAAGGACCCUGAAUCUGAGUGAAAAAUGUCAAGAACGCCACGGUCAUCAAAAUAAGACUGGAUUUGUAGGAGCUCUGCUUUUUAAGGAUGUUGUCAGUCCAGGACCAGAGUCCGAGCAGAAAUGUUAUCUACACUUGAACCAGAACAGGAAGUUGUCCUUCUCUAAAAUGAGGAACCUUCAUGUCCCUCUUUCUCACUUUCAGCUCUGUCUGUUGUGCAAAGAAAACACGUGGUCCUCAUGCUUUUAUUGUGAAAGAGUCUCUGACAGGAAGUGACUGCUGCAGAUAGUUAUGAUAAACUUUUCCUCACUUUGAUAACACUCCUGCCUGUUUGACCUUUGACCUCCUCUGCAGUGCAUGUGUCACUCUGCCUCUGCUUCCUGUUUUCUCUCCUAUCAGGAACAUGACCGACCUGCUCCUCCCUCUAAGCCACUCCCCCCUGACCCCGCCCUAAAACCCCCGCCACAGGUAACCUCACCUGACCUCAGCUGGAGGUGCUAACGUCUGUCUGUGUCUCUGCUGAUAAACAACUGUGUGGUCUCUGUCCUCCAACUGCUGCCCAGCAUGAUGUUUGAGUCUUUUUGUCCAUCUUCUCAUAGGUCCUCAUAGGUCUUCUCAGUUUUGAUUUAAACUCCUGGGUCCUCAUUUAUCAACUGUGUGUUCAAACAGAUGUGUUUGCGUAAUGAGUGUGUACGAACAUUCCUACGUAAAGUCUGGAAUUGAUUAACCUGUACUUGUUCUUAGGAAUGUGAGUAAAUUGAAGCCCAUCUCUGAGCAUGCUUACACACAAAGCCUAGUGGUAGAACAGUGAAACUACAACUAGAACCCAUGAAAGGAGUCAGUGUUCAGCAAUCUCAAACUUCACACAUGUUCUGUUCCCUCUGUAGAAAAUUGAUCAAUUAGUUAUUGAUCAGACAUUUUGAAUGAUUGGUGUGACAAGCCAUAAAAUCAGCUGAGACAGGACAACCUCAGAAGAAGUCUUACAAGUACAAACACAAGUACAAAUUCAAGUACAAAUACAAGUUCACAUACAAGUACAAAUACAAGUACACAUACAAGUUCAAAUACAAUUACAAACACAAGUACAAAUGCAAGUAUAAUUACAAGUACAAACACAAGUACAAAUACAAGUAUCACGGCUUAUUUUGCGCUAUUGGAGGACUUGGAGAAGCGUCUGCUCCUCCUCAAGAAGCGCGUUUUCAAAGAGCGUGCUGAUCUGUUCAGUGAGAACACAGAGUGGAUUCUCAGCAGGUACCGCUUCCCCAAAACAUUUGAAUGAAUUUAUGAUCCGUGAUUUACAACUCGUUUUGGAGCGAGAGACAAAACGCACCAUCCCAGUGACCAUCCAGCUCCUGUCCACCCUAAGCCAAACAAUUUCAGCCUGAGAUCGGAGACAUAUACGACAUUUUACAGCCAACGCUUAGCAGAAUCAUAUCUGCAGAGUUGGACGCAAUAAUUUCUCAGACCUCAACUUACAUCCAGUUCCCGAACACACAUCAGCAACAAGCCGAAAUAAAAUGAGGAUUUCACGCCAUCGCAGGAUUCCCAAACACAAUUAGAGCCGUAGAUUUUUUUUAAACCUGGUCUUACUUUCUGAUCAUGUGACUUUUCUCUCUGCUGCUUUAAUUCCUCAAACAGCGACCUGCCCCCCCCACCAAGCCUCUGCCCCCCGACCCCCCCAACCAGGUACAGUCACCUGUCUGUCCUGUCUGUCCACAUGAUCAUAGACUCUACAGGGCCCCCUCAUGUUACAGUUUGAGAAACAGCUGAUCACAUUUCAAUCAAACAUAUUGAUAAGAAACAUUUGUGACUGAACCAAUCGACCCGACUUCAAAAUCCAGAACUUUAUCGUUCCAGAAUGAUUGACAGCUGAUUAAUCAAAAAAACUGUUUAGAGAGACAAAAUGAGACAAAAUGAGAAACACGAGGAAACCAAAUAGCUGAUCAACAGUUUCAGUUUUUUCCUCUUGUCUCAUCCUGUCUCCUGUCUCCUGUCUCCUGUUUCCUGUCACCUCCGUCUCCUGUCUCAUCCUGUCACAUGUCUCCUCCUGUCACCUGUCUCCUGUCUCCUCCUGCAUGUUAAACUGAUUUUAGAUUUAAAGUUAAUUUUCUUUUUACUGUUUUGAAGUUGAACUGCCUGCUGUCAAACAUCUUCUUCCUCCUCCUCCUCCUCCUUCUCCUUCUCCUCCUCCUCUUUUUCCUUCUCCUCCUCUUUUUCCUCCUCCUCCUCUUCCUUCUCCUCCUGCUCCUCCUUCUCAUCCUCUUCCUCCUCCUCCUACUCCUCCCCCUGUUCUUCUUCCUCCACCUACUCCUCCUCCUCCUCCCUCUCUUCCUUCUCCCUCUCCUCCUUCUCCUCUUCCUCCUCCUCCUCCCCCUUCUUCUCUUCCUCCUCCUCCUUCUUCUCUUCCUCCUCCUCACUAACCUUUUAGCUGCUGGUGAGUCGACCAGCUCCGCCCACCAAGCCACUCCCCCCUGACCCCACUUCACCUGGACAGGUACACCUGCAUGAUGGCAGCUGUUGGCAUGUAGCAUGUAGCAUCUUAAGCGUGUAGCAUCUUUAGCACAUAGCAUCUUUAGCAUGUAGCAUCUUUAGCGUGUAGCAUGUAGAAGGUCAAUAUACAGAUACUGAGAUCUGGAUCAGGACUUUCACUGAUCCGGCCCUCCAGACUCGACUAAAGUUGUGAUGACAAACGACAAGAAUGGAUUAGACAGGAAGUGACAUGAUUAGAUAGGAAGUGACAUCAUAAGACAGGAAGUGACACGAUCAGACAGGAAGUGAUGUCACACAAAUGAAGUCAUGCAUCAGUCUGGAGCUGUGUCCGAAUUGCCAAGUAGUAGUCGAAGUAGUAUCUAGCAUGUCCGAAUUGGCCGCCGGAGCGAGUAGCAUGCUACUUCAGAUACUACUUCAGAUACUAGACACGCACAAAUUGUAGGUCGGUCACGGUGCAUCCUACGGGCAUGCUACUGACCCAAAAUGCACCGCGGGCUUCUUCUUCGUCCUCUUAAAAGUUGUAGAAGCACAUGUGAUGCUAGCACCACCAGCUGCUCUGCCUAUUUAAAUGUGUCGCGAACGCCGGCUGGCCAAAGCAGCGCGCACCAUGGCAGAGCAGCAGCAGCAGCAGGGGGCAGGACCGCAGCAGUGCAAAUGUAUUUUUAAUGUAACUUCACACACUGCCCUAAAGAAAUGUGCGGUUGUAUCUCUUUGUCAUGUCAUGGUGUCAUAUUUGCCCAAGUAAUCAUUUUAUGAGCAAAUAUGUGGCGACAUCAUGGAGGUAAAGCUCACUUCCAUCAUUAAACUGCACAGCUGCAGUAAUAAGGCAGAUCUCAUUGAACAAACGUUCACCACGUGAGUGAAUGAAGGCUAAAAGUAAUGGAAAAGCUACUUUGUGAAUUUCUAAAGCAGUGCAGGAAUAUAAUACAGCAGCAUCCAUCACUUGCACAAUUACCAUUCAAAGAGUCUAAAACGGGCACAGUACCUACUCUCUGCCUGCGGGGGUCGUCUUUCCCCACCGCUCGUCAAGUGUGUCCGAACUGGGCCACCGUGUUUAGUAUGUAGGAGUAGGAUCUAGCAGUAGCACGUAGCAGUAGCAUGUAGUAUGCAAGCGGGCAAUUCGGACACAGCAUGGGAGACCUGGACCUGUGAUGCGUCCGAAUUGCCAAGUAGUAGUUGAAGUAGUAUGUAGCAUGUCCGAACUGGCCACCGGAGCGAGUAGCAUGCUACUUCAGAUACUACUUCAGAUACUAGACACGCCCACAUUGUAGGAUGGUCGCGGUGCAUCCUACGGGCAUGCUACUGACCCAAAAUGCACCGCGGGCUUCUUCUUCAUCCUCUUAAAAGUUGUAGAAGCACAUUUGAUGUUAGCGCCACCAGCUGCUGCCUAUUUAAAUGCGUCGCAAACGCUGGCUGGCCACAGCAGCGCGCACCAUGGCGGAGCAGCAGCAGCAGGCAGGACCACAGCAUUACAGAUAUAAGUUUCAUGUAGCUUCGCACACUGUCCUAAAAAAGAGCGGUUGUAUCUCUUUGUCAUGUCAUGGUGUCAUAUUUGCCCAAGUAAUCAUUUUAUGAGCAAAUAUGUGGCGACAUCAUGGAGCUAAAGCUCACUUAUUCCAUCAUUAAACUGCACAGCUGCAGUAAUCAGGCAGAUCUCAUUGAACAAACGUUCACCACGUGAGUGAAUGAAGCCUAAAAGUAAUGGAAAAGCUACUUUGUGAAUUUCUAAAGCAGUGCAGGAAUAUAAUACAGCAGCAUCCAUCACUUGCACAAUUACUUUUCAAAGAGUCUAAAACGGGCGUAGUACCUACUCUCUGCCUGCGGGGGUCGUCUUUCCCACUGCUCGUCUAGUGUGUCCGAAUUGGGCCAACGCGUUUAGUAUGUAGGAGUAAGAACUAGCAGUAGUAUGUAGCAGUAGUAUGUAGUAUGCGAGCGGGCAAUUCGGACACAGCACAGGACUUGGACUCGAGUGUUGGAGGUUUUUCUUUUAAAUCAGACAAACGGACUCUGACCUGGACCUGAGACCCGGGCCAUGAGGACUCGAUGAAGAGGACUGGACUCAGACUGGGACCCUGUUAGAACCGGGACUUAACUUAAACCGGGACAGAAGGACAAACUCUGAACCCAGAGAAGGGGGACUGGACCCAGACUGGUUAUGUUGUGACUCAAACUUAAACUCAGGUAAACCAGGACCAGGGUCCAUUGGUAACCAUGGUAACAACUCUGGCUCUGGUUCUGGGGACUGGACUCGGGUUCAGGUUCUGAGGGUUUUUUUUGUUCACUGAAUCUGAAGAACAGUGUCCGAACUUUUAAUGAGCAUCAUUACUCACUGUAAAACUCAGUAACACAACGCAUCAACCAGGUUACUCCAGGUCAAACAUCGCAGUAAGUUAAAGUAUCGACUUCGCUCCUACAGUGAUGUUUAACAGCCAAAGGAGUAACCAAUCAGAGCCCAGCACUUCUAGCCAGAGGCGAAGGAGGGCGGGACCUUCCCCCACCAUCCUACAAAAUAAAAUCCUGCCCCCUGAACUCAGACUUGGUGGUAGAGUACAGACUCUGGUUCAGGGGACCGGUCUCGGACUUGGUUUUGGUUCUGUGUUCCUUGUCUUGCUCAGACUCUCAUCUUAUUUCCCGUCAUGCAUCAUUCAGGUCCCUGCUCCACCCAAAGCCGUGGUGCCUAUUAAGCCCUGCCUUCUGGUCCCGACAUCCCAGCCCCCCCCUCCCCCUCAUCCUGGCUUCACGUGCAACACCGAACCGAUUAAACCCAGAACCGUAGAACCUGCAGCCAGACUCAACAGGUAGGACCGAUUCCACCAUCCAGAGAGUCCAACCCACAGAGAUAGACGGUUUUUAUAGAGUCAGUAUGCCGGUCCAGACCAGUACUGUCUGAGGGUCAGACCCUGUUAAAGGGAUAUUUGAGGGUUUUAGUCACAGUGGUCACUGUUCCAUCAUGAAAUAGGGGGGCGCUAACUGACAUCCACUGUGACUAAAACACUUCGUACUGACGUGUCACUCACACAGACGCUGGGAUAUGAGUGUUACGGCGGCCGAGAAACGCCACCGCUGCAAAUAAAAAAGGAAACAGUGCAGAUAAAAAAAGUUGCAACGGAAGUUAACGGCGCAAAAAAAAAGUGGCGAUGAAAAAAAGUUACUCACUGCGAAAAUAAAAGGAUGCAAAUUAAAAAAGCCAGAACAGAAGUAAGCUGCCGGGGGCCAAUAAUGAUGAUGCACCAGUGUUUUACGAUCUAGGCACAGAAGACGGCGGUGAAAAUGCGAGCAAAGAAGUAAGUGGAGAGUAGGCCUGGGCAAUUUGGCAAAAAAAAAGAUCACAAUAUAUUUUGUUGUAUUGUCCAAUCUUGAUUCUUGUCACAAUUUUUUAUGACUGCCGGUUCUAAAGCAUCUGUACAAAAAAACUAAAGAAACUAAAGAUUAGUUCAACUUUUUUUUUUAACAUACAAAGUAAAUAAUAAAGAAAAUUACAUAAGAUAAACUUAGAAAAAUAUAAAAACCAUUUUAACUCAACAGUACAACAAAAGUAGAUAAAUAUUAAAUUAUAAAGUGAACUAGUUUACAGUGUUUAGAGUGUUUUUGCAGAUAUGACAGACCCAAAAUAAACAAAUGUCACCCUCAGAGAUGAUGAAGAUGCCUUAAAAUGUAAACAUUAGAUGAUAUAAACGUAGACGAUACAAUCGAUUGCUUUGGUCUGGUGGCUGCACCGCUAGUUGUGGCUAAACUGCUAAUGCUACUAGUACCGUCAGCAGUAACAGGCUGUACAGACUCUUCAUCUUCAUUUUCAUCAGACUCUUCUAUUCAUUGUGUUGUCAGUUUGUGAGGCAUCGACCGCCGACGUACCUUACACACCAGCUUCAUUGCUCGACAUGACUUUGGAGAUACCCAAACCACCGCCACACAACCGACGUUGAAUAACAUGCAAAUUGCCACGAUGUUUGAUCAAGUAAAUAUGCUCACAGCUGAUCACCGUGAUCGAACUGAAAUUUAUCACAAUUAUUAAUCACGAUCAUAUAAUCGCCCAGUACUAGUGGAAAGGUUAUUGUUUAAUUUCACUGUAUGUGCUUUUUAAUGUGAUUAGACCAUGUAGCGCUUGAGUCGAUAUGAAGUUGAACCUUUCCACUUCCUUUUUUGCUCGUCUUCUCGCCGUCGUCUUCUGUGCCUAGAUCAUAAAACACCGGUGCAUUAUCAUUAUUGGUCCCCAGCAGCUUACUUCCGCUGUGCCUUUUUUAUUUACAUCCUUUUAUUUUUACAGUAGGGAAACUUUUUUUUUUUUUUUUUUUGCCUCGUUACUGUCUGUUGUGACUUUUUUCUUAUCUGCACCGUUUCUUUUUUAUUUGCAGCGGGCUUCGGUUUCCUUUUUUUUGCAUCUUUUUUCAUUUGCAGCAGUGGCGGUUCUCAGCCUCCGUAGAAAGUAGCUCACUAUAACAGUUUUUAUUAAAUAUGAAUAAUUUGAUCAGAAUAACUGAGGUUAGUCCUGGUUCUGGUGCUGACCUGGUUUUUGUGAACAGAGUAUUUUCUUCCUUUGCAGACGGCCCCCUCUUCCUCCAAUUCGACCCUCAGCUCAUCAGAAAUUCGACUUGUCUCCACUUUGACCUCGACGCGCUGUGGGAGGAGGAGCUGAGUCAGCAGAGAGGACGUCUUCGGAUGAAGAUGAUGACUCGCCGUCUGAUUCUUCUGUCCGCCUCAAACUUUAACCCCUCCCUUCCUCCAAACUUCAGUGCCUUGCUCUGCAGCGCCGCUGCAGCAGCGUAGGGAAUCGAACCCUCGCCCUCUGAUUGACAGCUGCUGGUGAUGAUGUCAUACUUACAUGUUUGGGGAUGGGAAACACGGCGCCCUCUGGGGACAGACUGGGAUCAGUGCCUUUCAAAGGACCCUGAGACAGGGGCCACACCUUUGAUUAGAAUAAGACCUAGGUUCCCAAGCUGUGGUUCACAGCCCUGAAGAGGGUCCUCUGGAGAAUACUGAUAUUUUUAUACAUGUAGAAGAAGAAAGAGGGUUUGUCGUCAUGAAAACUGAAACAACUUCCUGAUGGACUUGACCAGGACUUAAGGUUCAUCAGAGGUGAACAUCCUGAAAAUCUGUGACAUUAGAAGACCCAGGUUCAAGGAUUCAAGGACUCAAGGACUCCAGGUGGGCUGACAGCUGCAGGUCAGUCCUGACGGGGUCAAUCAUUGAGAAAGUCUGAGAUUCACAGAAUAAAGUUUGAACAUUUUAACCCUGCAACUCCUGAGACUCAAAAACACUCUCCAGGGUCAGUGUGGGAUUUUCCAGAAAACCUGAGGCCCUCAAGGUUGGACCUGGAUCCACAGAGUCCAGGAGGCGGUUCAGUCUAGGACAGAACAGGAUUAAGUCAUGAGUGCACCAAUCAGAGCACCUGCAGCCUCCAGCACUUCCCAGUGAAACCAGUUCAUUCCGCUUCAGCUCUGUCUUUCUCUGGCCUUUCAAAAUAAAGGAGCAGAAAUUCAAAUAUCUUUAACUGUCUGACCUCUGACCUUGAGGACAGACCCUGAGAAAAAAGGUCCGGGGAUCGAACAGUGUCAGUCCCUGUACCCCUCAGAUCCAUGGAGGUCUCUGGGGUUUAAGGACAUAGGUGUAGGAUACAGUUAUAGUGAGCAGGGCUCUUAUUGUGAAAGUCUGAUUAUUUUAGGACCAAACAGGAAAUGAUGAUUCUGUUUUCAAACUCAGUUACGGAAAAACUUCAAUGUGUGAUCAGAUCAGACACAGAACAAACACCUGCAGAAAAGCCCCCCCCCCCAGAUCAACACACAUAUAUAUAUAUAUAUAUAUAUAUAUAUAUAUACACUACAGGCCAAAAGUUUGGAAGCAAGGCCAUUACAGGCCGAACAGUUGGGAGUAACUUGAAGUUUUUGUUCACAAUGCUUUUUUUGUAAAUCCAGCAUGAGUUUUACGUAUUUUGGGAUGUAUUUACUCCAUGAUUAGAUGUUGCUUUCAUGGGAAUGCACUAUGUUACUCCAUUUACCUUUAGAUAUACAUUGAUGUUAACAGACCAUUGCUAAACUGAUGUCAGCAAAAGUAAAAAAGGGCUUUGUUUUAGGGUUGAAACAUUUGCACGAGUCACAACUUCAGUGCAAAAGCAAAAAAACAAAUCACAGUUGGAUUAUUCACUUUAACUUUUUGGCUUUUGAGAGCCUGCAUACAAAAAUACUAAUAAAUCUCAACUGCAUCAAACUACUGCAGAAAUGGCUAGAAAGAAGCAACUGAGUACAGAAACAAAAGUACAGAUUUGUACAUUGAGGAAAGAAGGAUACACAGAAAGAGAAAUUGCAAAACGCCUAAUGGUGUCUAACACAGGACUCCACUACAUUCUGAAGAGACUAGAGGAACCUGGAAGUUAUGAUGAUAGAAAAAGACCUGGAUGAAAGAGAGUUACUACAAAAGCAGAGGAUAAACAUAUUAUUGUCACCAGUAGGAGAGAUCGGCGAAAGACAGCACCACAAAUAAGGGAGAAAAUCAAAAUGACAAGGUCGAAAUCCAUAUCUCUGACAACCGUGAAAUGAUGUUUGAGAAAGGCUGGUCUGAAGGGUCGUGUGUCUGCAAAAAAAACACUACUUAGUCCACAGAACAAGGAAAAGAGAUAUGAGUGGGCAAAAGCUCACAAAAAUUGGACUUAUGAUGACUAGAAACAAGUUUGCACUGUUGGUUCAAAAGGCAGAGUCUAUGUCUGCAGACAAACUGGUGAACGUCUCAAAGCACCAUGUGUCUACAGGUACUGGUCAUAUAAUUAGAUUAUCAUGGAAAAGUUGAUUUAUUUCAGUAAUUCCAUUCAAAAAGUGAAACUUGUAUAAUGUAUACAUUCAUUUCUCACAGACUGACAUAUUUCAAGUGUUUAUUUUAAUUUUGAUGAUUAUAACUAACAAAUAAUGAAAAUCCCAAAUUCAGUAUUUCAGAAAAUUAGAAUAUUACUUGAGACUGAUACAAAAAAAAAGAUUUCUAGAAAUGUUGGCCAACUAAAAAGUAUGAACAGAAAAGUAUGACCAUGUACAGCACUCAAUACUUAGUUGUGGCUCCUUUUGCCUGAAUUACUGCAGCAAUGCGGCGUGGCAUGGAGUCAAUCAGUCUGGCACAGCUCAGGUGUUAUGAGAGCCCAGGUUGCUUUGAUAGUGGCCUUCAGCUCUUCUGCAUUGUUGAGUCUGGCGUCUCGUAUCUUCCUCUUCACAAUACCCCAUAGAUUGUCUAUAGGGUUAAGGUCUGGCGAGUUUGCUGGCCAAUCAAGAACAGGGAUACCAUGGUCCUUAAACCAGGUACUGGUAGCUUUGGCACUGCGUGCAGGAGUCCUGUUGGAAAAUGAAAUCUGCAUCUCCGUAAAGUUGGUCAGCAGCAGGAAGCAUGAAGUGGUUUAAAACUUCCUGGUAGACGGCUGUGUUGACCUUGGACCUAAGGAAACACAGUGGACCAACACCAGCAGAUGACAUGGCACCCAAAACCAUCACUGACUGUGGAAACUUGACACUCGACUUCAAGCAACAUGGAUUCUGUGCCUCUCCUCUCUUCCUCCAGACUCUGGGCCCUUUAUUACCAAAGGACAUUUUCAUUAGAGAACAUAACUUUGGACCACUCAGCAGCAGUCCAGUCCUUUUUGUCUUUAGCCCAGGCGAGAGGCUUCUGACGCUGUCUCUUGUUCAAGAGAGGCUUGACACAAGGAAUGUGACAGCUGAAACCCAUGUCUUGCAUACGUCUGUGCGUGGUGGUUCUUGAAGCACUGACUCCAGCUGCAGUCCACUCUUUGUGAAUCUCCCCCACAUUUUUGAAUGGGUUUUGGUUCACAAUCCUCCUCAGGGUGCGGUUAUCCCUAUUGCUUGUGCACUUUUUCCUGCCACAUCUUUUCCUUCCCUUCGCCUUUUUAUUAAUGUGCUUGGACACAGAGCUCUGAGAACAGCCAGCCUCUUUAGCAAUGACCUUUUGUGUCUUGCCCUCCUUGUGCAAGGUGUCAAUGGUCGUCUUUUGGACAACUGUCAGGUCAGCAGUCUUCCCCAUGAUUGUGUGGCCUACAGAACUAGACUGAGACCAUUUAAAGGCCUCUGCCGAUGUUUGGGGUUAAUUAGCUGAUUAGAGUGUGGCACCAGGUGUCUUCAAUAUUGAACCUUUCCACAAUACUCUAAUUUUCUGAGAUACUCAUUGGGGGUUUUCAUUGGCUGUCAUUUAAAAUCAUCAAUAUUAAAAGAAAUAAACACUUGAAAUAUGUCAGUCUGUGUGAAAUGAAUGUAUACAUUAUACAAGUUUCACUAUUUGAAUGAAAUUACUGAAAUAACUCAACUUUUCCAUGAUAUUCUAAUUAUAUGACCAGUACCUGUAUGUCCGCAGACAAACUGGUGAACGUCUGAAAGCACCAUGUGUUACACCCACAAUUAAGCAAGGAGGUGGUAGUUCCAUGGUAUGGGGAUGUUUUGCAGGUGAUGAAGUAGGAGAUUUGUUUGACGUAAAGGGUAUCAUGAAGAAGGAAUAGAACCACUUCUUCCUCCAGCACCAUUCUGUUCCAUCUGGAUCCAGACUUGUGGGUCAUAAGUUUAUUUUGCAGCAAGACAAUGACCCUAAGCAGUCUGCCAAGCUCUGUCAGGGUUACCGAGACAAAAAAGAGGAGGAAGGUGUUCUUCAAAAGAUGGUUUGGCCCCUUUUCUCUAUUGGAGAAAGGUCUAGAGUGGGAUGUGUUGGAUGAAUUGGAUCGAUCGGUCAGAACAGCACGUCCUGCGAAUCAGCAGUGUCUUUUUAAUGAACUUAAGAAAGCUUGGAAUGCAAUCCGUUGAACAUACCUUAAAAAAACUUGUGGAACGAAUGCCUGGUAUAUGCCAUGCUGUUGUUAAAGCCAGAGGAGGUUAUUUUAAAGAAAGCAAAGUCUGAGCAACAAUAACUCAGUUACCUAAAAAUUAUAGUCAAAAUGUCUUCUGAUAAGUUACUCUUUACACAAGUCAUGUUUAUUGUGUUAUAAAUUAUAUUAAGGAAAGGAAACUAUGAUUUUUUUGGUACAAAUCUGAUCUUGCUUCCAAACUUUUGGCCUGUAGUGUGUGUGCGUGUGUAUAUAUGUGUGUAUAUAUAUAUGUAUAUAUAUUUGUGAAUAUAUGUGUAUAUGUGUAUAUAUGUAUAUAUAUAUAUAUAUAUAUAUAUAUAUAUAUAUAUAUAUUUACAAACACAUAUAUAUACAGUCGGUAUAUAUAUAUGUGUGUGUAUAUACAUAUAUGUAUGUAUAUGUAUAUAUGUAUGUAUAUGUAUAUGUAUAUAUGUAUGUAUACAUAUAUAUUUAUAUAUAUAUGUAUAUAUACAUAUAUGUAUGUAUAUAUGUAUAUGUAUAUAUGUACAGGGCUUGACACUAACUUUGUUCACAUGUUCUCCUAAGUUAAAAAAGUAAGGAGCACACAUAGAACUUGAUAUUUAAACUGUUUUACCCCCAAAAAACAAACUCAUUUUAAAGAGUGGAGCGUCUUCAUCUCAAAACAACAGGGGGUGGACUCCUUUUGCCUGCAGGGGCUCCAGCAGGGGGCGCUCAUGCUACACAGGACAGAGAAAGGAAAGAUCAAAACCACUAGAAGGUUUCAGUCGCUUUAAAAACACUCUGACAUCUGAAUGUUUUAAGACAGAUAAAACUUUUUAUCUCUCUUACUUUAUUCUGAAAAUCUCAGACUGAAACCUCUUGGACCACCAUGAACUCCUGACUGGACUACAGAGGUGAACCCUGAACCUCACAGGUGAACUGGGUUUCUGCUGGGGGGUGUGGUUCUGAAUCAGAAUUUAUUUUUCUAAGAUUUUCUAUCAGAGAUGGUCUGAAUGUACGCUGAGUCUGUCAGCUGAUCGUAGUCACACCAAAGAUGAUGAUGCUGUAAGAUGAUCCCGUCUGUGCUUUCAUGACAGCAAGUAUAUCAUGUUUGUAAGAAUUCAACGUCAAUAAAGAGUCAUAGAAAAAAGAAAGACUCGUUCAGAACCAGCAGAAACCAACAGACAAUUGAAUUUCCCUUCCGGGAUCAAUGUACUUAUUCUUAUUCUUAGACUCAGACUGUUAAAGACACAUAGACCUUAUUUACUCUGGACAACUUGGUUCCUCUUUCCUCCAGUACACAGAUUUGAAGCUGAAAAGUUCUCUGUAAUUCCACAUUUUUCUCUCCACUUCCUGAAACCAACAUUGCACAGUAGCUUUGUACGUAUUCAGCGGGAGAGUCACCGCGAGUCGCUGUGAUGACGCUCGGCUCAGACAGCGUAUCCCCCAGGUGAGCUACUCAAUUUCUGUACACCCAUAGGCUGUAUCAAGUGUCAAUCAUAGAAAACACGAACCCCCCUUAUAACUUUUAUAAAUGGAGCUGUACAGAAAAAAGAGGACUUUAGCACAAACCAGUCUGACAGUAACUACUUGUCAACAUCACAUCCAGGGGGGAGAAACAUUUAUAUUCUGUGUCAUUGAUUUAUCAAGUUUGUCCACAGCUCCAUAAGGAGGCUGGAUUUAUGACCUAUACUGCAGCCCGUCACCAGAGGGUGCUGUUCUCAAAGUGGCUUCACCCAGAGAGGAGGCAGCCAGAGUCCAUUCU